AUGCAAUCUUUGCGAAGUGUUUCGAAAAAUGUCAAUAAUAAUGGCACAUCAUCGAAUAAAAAUAUACUAAAAUAUUCAAAUAAUUCAACAGACAUGAUCAUCAAUGAUCAAACAUCAGAUGAUGAUGGCGGUGGUAAUGAUGAUCUGUACAACAUAGCAGAGAAAGUGUCGUUAAAUAACGAAGAAGAUGAUCAAAGCAUGAUUUCUACCAGUGAUUUAUUACAAAAUAGUGUACCACCUGUUUUACAUUUACGUGAUUACAUAUCAAUGAAUAAAAAUUCAAUGCAUACACUUGAUUUAGAACGUUGUUUAGAUCAAACGCAUGAAAUUGAUGAAAUACCUUAUAUUGAUACGAUGGAAACGGUAUUAUUGGGAUAUAAUUAUUUAACAGAGGUACCAUUAUUUAUAUCAUCGUACAUUUAUUUAACAAAAUAUUGUGCUAAUAAUAAUGAAUUAAAUAAUAUUGAAUUUCUUUUACAUUCACAUCAUGUUGAUGAUAAAAAAGAUGAAAUAUAUUGGAAUAAACGAUUAAUAACAAAAAAUAAUAGUCAACGUCAAAAACAAAUUAAAUAUUAUGAACCAUUAAAUUAUGGAAUAAAUGAUAAACAUUUAAUAAAUUAUUCACUUUUAGAAUAUAUUGAUGUUUCAUUUAAUCAUAUUAAAUAUCUUCCAAAUAAUAUUUAUCUUUUACAUAAUCUUCAUACAUUUAAUUUAUCACAUAAUUAUAUUGAUAAAAUACCAGAAAAUUUUGGUCUAUUAUCCGAAUUAAAAUAUUUAUUUAUUAAUAAUAAUUCAUUACAAUUAUUACCAGAAACAUUUUCAAAAUUAAAAAAUUUAAUUCAACUUAAUUUAUCAAAUAAUCAUAUUAAAUCAUUUGAUUUAAUUAAAAAUUUAUUAUCAUUAAAAUAUUUAAAUAUAUCAAAUAAUAAUUGUCUCAAUUAUUUUCCUCAUCUUUUAUCAACAUGUUCAAAUAUUGAAAAUUUAAAUUUAUCAAAUUUAAAUUUAAAUCAAUUUUUAUUAGAAACAACAAAUGAUAAAUAUAAUUAUAUAGAAGAAAUAUUAAUAAAAUUAACAAAAUUAAAAUAUUUAAAUUUAUCAUCAAAUAAUAUUAAUGAAAAUAUUUUAUUUAAAACAUUUAGUCAAUUUAAAUAUUUAGAAGAACUUUAUCUUGAUAAUAAUAAAUUAAAAUUUGUACCAUUUUUAUCAGAUAUGAUAUCAUUACGUU